ACUUUCUCUUUUGUCUUCUCAUCAAUCUACAGCCAGCUUCAUUCGAUAAAAUCGUGAGCCCUCACUUCAGCUCGGUGAAUCACCCGUCUGUCCAAAAUGUCCGUCCAACAAGCUGAACCCAUUUCAGUGUCAAAGAAUGUUGAAAUAAUGUCCAUAAAUGGCGAUCAACCACCUUCAGAAUUCAUUGUUAAAGAAUUCCAAUUUGGGUCUAUUGAUACUUCUCCACCUUUAGGUCCAUUUCCAGUCAUUGACAUCUCUCACUUCUCCAACUCUUCCUCUCCAGAAGCACAACUUCAACUAGAAAAUCUCAGAUCAUCUCUUAGCUCCUCUGGUUGCUUCCAGGCAAUUGGGCAUGGGAUUUCGGAAUCAUUUCUUGACAAAGUACGUGAAGUUGCAACACAAUUUUUUGCUUUUCCGGAGGAAGAGAAGCUUUUUUAUGGUCGAGCUGUUAAUGAAUCAGAAGGGUAUGGAAGUGACAGGGUUGUCUCUCAAAAACAAGUUCUUGAUUGGUCUCAGCGCUUGUCUCUAACUGUAUUUCCUGAAGAUAAACGAAGGCUCAAUCUUUGGCCUCAAAACCCAUCUCAAUUUAGUGAGAUCCUUGAUGAAUAUGCAAUGAAGAUAAAGACAGUAACAGAGGUUCUGUUCAAGGCUAUCGCAAAGUCACUGAAUGUAGAUGAAGAAAGUUUCUCUAAUCAGUUUGGAGCAAGAGCUCAAACGAAAGCACGGUUUAACUUCUAUCCGCCAUGUUCCAGACCCGAUUUGGUUCUUGGGGUCAAACCCCAUACGGAUAGAUCGGGAAUUACAAUUCUCCUCCAAGAUAAAGAUGUCGAAGGUCUUCAAGUUUGCAUCAAUGGUAAAUGGUAUAGAGUUCCUGUCAUAUCUAAUGCUCUUCUUGUCAAUCUUGGUGAUCAAAUGCAGAUAAUGACUAAUGGAAUAUACAAGAGCCCAAUGCACAGGGUGGUGACAAACACAGAAAGGUUGAGGAUGUCUUUAGCCUUGUUCAUUGAACCCGAGCCGGAAAGAGAGAUAGGACCGGUGGAGGAUUUGAUAGAUGAGCAAAGACCAAGGAUAUAUCGAAAUGUGAAGGAUUAUGGCGCUAUCAACUACGAGUGCUAUCAGAAAGGACUGGUAGCACUUGAAACUGUUAAAGUUUAGUCUUUCUCUCUGUUUGUUUCCGAUAUAACUGAUUUUUUGGGAUGUAAAGACAAC